AUGCAACAGGCAACAGGCCGAUUACCGUACCAGCCCAGUAUCACUCUUUCACUGCAUGUCGCCUGCAACAGAAUAGCUGUCAAAAGGAAAGAGUUGACACCUGAACAAAAAGAGAUUGUUAUAUUUUUGGUAAAUGAUGGACUUUCUCAAAGAAAAAUUGCAGAAGUGUUAGAAAUAAGCCAAUCUGGUGAGACAUUGUUUCUGAAAAGGUAUAACGCAAGAGAAAGUGUAGAAAAUCCACCUCGAAGUGGAAGGCCUUUAGCAGCAGGUAGAAGGGGUGACCGUCAGAUUAUGAGAUUGGCUAGAAGUAACAGAAGGGAUCCUUUAGCAGAAAACACUGGACUAGCAAUUGGGACAUUGCCUGAUCCGAUAUCAUCUAGAACUGUUCGACGUGGAUUAAAGUUUCAUAAGUAUACAAGGAGGAAUGUAAGAAAUACACUAACCAUCAAUACUACUAACCGAAAAAGGCGUGUCUCGUGGUGUAAACAGAAAUUACAUUCGACUCUAAAUAGAAACUGGAACAAGGUGAUCUUUACUGAUGAAACUCAAGUGAAACUUGACAGUCUAAAGAGAGUAAGUGUUUGGAGAAAGGCAGAUGAAAUCUGGCGUCCUGGGUGUCUCGGUCAACAUGGAGGUGGAUGUGUGUCUGCUUUGUUUUGA